AUGAGUUCGAGCUUCCCGCUGCAGGUAUUGCAGUCGUCACCUCGUAAUCUUCUGCUUAUGGGAAGCAUCCGAUCCGUUUUGGCUUGUUUGUCGCUGGCCGCUUUAGCGAGGAAGAUGAGUGCUGCGGCGGCGGGACAUUGCGUGCCUGGGACUUCAUGCGCGCGUCCUGCUGCUACUACGCCCGGGCUGCUCCGACUGACUUCAGUCCCCGGUUACGAUAAAAUCCGCGUAAAUGAUGUUUUACUCCUGAGGCCCACCGCAGGAACACAGAGGCGAUGCGACAACGAAAGUGAGAAACUGCAGAACGGAGAAACGCACGUUGUCUUCUUUCCUGGAGACAUUCAGAAUUUUGAGCAGGAAAUGGCUCUCCAGCCGGAUGCCGCCCAAUGGCAAUCCUGGAGUCUUGAGUGUGUGGCCCUCACCCUGGGCCACCGUUUCCCUGGAUCCCAUAUCUGGGUCAUCCGUGCUUCCAGUAUGUACCUCCACAAGUUCAGCAAUUAUCAGAACUUUGUAGAAAGCAAUUUAUUUGGAGCACCAGAACACACUCCAGACUACGGAGCUAUUCGUCACCUGAGGGCACUUCUGGGUCACAGCAUGGAGCAAGCUGGACUUCCAAAUCCUUUACUUCCUCUUAGUGGGACAUCCACCCCUGCUCCCCUGCCUCCAGGUUUCACUCUGACCAUAGUGGGUUUCAGUAAAGGAUGUGUUGUUCUUAAUCAAAUAGUGUACGAACUGGCUGGAGCCAGAGCAGACCCUGAACUUAGGCUGUUUCUGGACAGUGUCUCGGAUAUGUACUGGCUGGACGGAGGCCAUCCUGGUGGAAGUGAGACAUGGGUGACUGAUAGGUGUGCUUUGGGUGAGCUGGCCUCCAGUGGGGUGUCUGUCCAUGCCCAUGUCACCCCUUAUGAGGUAAAGGAUCCAAUGAGGGCCUGGGUUGGGCGUGAGCACCAACACUUCAUAAAGACUCUGGAGGAUCUGGGUGCCUGUGUUAGCCAACAAUUGCACUUUGAGGAUGAGCCGGCGUCCAUCGAGAACCAUUUCCGGGUUCUUCAAGCGUUUUAAUUGUUCGCAGUCAUUGACAUGCAAUGUAUUCUUUGCAGAGCAGGCGGCUUUGUGUUGCACAAAUAUAGAUAUACAUCAGUAAAUAGUUCUACUGGAUUCCUUUUAUUAAGAUAAGAUUGAAGCGGAAUGACCAAACUUGUAUAAAGUUUACCUGCCUCACAUAUGCCUUAUUGUUUUGCUGUGGCAUAGAAUCUGUGAAUUCUAGGAUAUUUGUUUCAAAAAAUGCAUUUUGAAUGUUGACAUGCUCAGUAAAGCUUUCUAAACUAUUUCCUUUACCUCAUCAUAGUAGAAGGUCUUUUUCCAAACUUUGAGUUUAGGAGAAAAGCAAUUACCAGAAACUGGUCAUUGUUGUGGUUUAUUAAAAAUAUGAUAUUUAAAUUAUUUUUUUAUGUUUAAUUAAUGAGCAUGCAUUUUCAAUCAUUGUGUAUAUAUUUUUUUCUAUGUAAAACACUUUCACUGUAAGACAUGUGGUCUUAGAUCAACACUGUACUAACCUAAUUUUUAUGUAAGCCCAGCCUCAAUUUAAUUAACAAUCACAAACGUGUCCUGCUUAGUUUAUUAUUUGAGUUAUCUUGUUUGACUGUUUAUCAGAUGUUGCAUAAAAAAUAUUUUUGGGGAAAAUAAUAAAGAAUAUUCACAAUUAGUGGAAUGUUAAUAAUUGCA